AUGACUGGCAAGGUGGAUCAAGUCACACCCAACUUGAACGAGGCGCAAGGUCCAGACUUAUUCCUUGGACCGUCUCACUCAUUUUUAUUUCUGAAGGAGACGCCAACUCAUAUAGAUGCCGUUACCAAGUCUCCAUCUACUUUUGCUCAUCACAGUGCAUAUUCCGAGCUUCGAUAUCUUUCCAACACUCUUACAACGGCCACUGUAAGCCCGGACACCACGGCCAUGAAAGGGUUCCACGUCCCUCCAAAAUCAGUUGGGUACCAACUAAUUGGCCAAUUCCUAGAGCAUUCCCCUCUCGGGGAGCCCUUCUUCUGCAGCCCAUCUGAUGACUUGCUGAGACAGAUCAUCUUCGACCCAGCCAACGUGAAACAAAAGGCUUGGGUCGUGUACGUCAACUACAUGAUGCUCGCCAUGGUGUCAGCCAAUGAGAGUGGGGAGAGUGUUGAAGCAAAACAGUUCCGGCGAAACAUGCGACUGGCUCUCAACGACAGCACCAUCUUCCUCGAGCCGACUCUAGCAAAUGUACAAGCCUUGGCCCUGCUCGCGCUUCAUGGCGAAGACUAUGCCUCUCCUAAUCUGUCCUGGAUGUUGGUAGGCCACGCCUGCCGACAGGCUGAAGCCUUGGGACUGCAUGCGUCAACUGACCAGGACUUUGAAUCGCGACAACGGAGUUUAUGCAUGUUCUGGCUCCUAUUUGUCGUAGAUAAGUCAUGCUCGCUUGCGUUUGGGCGAUCAUCCUUCUUGCCCAUGUCCGUGUACCGAGACGUGCCACUUCCGAAUUUCAACUUCAUGCUCAAGUUUCAACCGCACAAUUCCUCUUCCUUCCGAAAAUCCCGGGAAUCUCCAUUGAUCUCCUCGUUUGGGGCGCAUCUCCUGACUUCAGGGAUGGAAGUUGCAAAGAUGAUGGAGUACGUUUUGGAUCUCUUGACCCCAGGGAAAAGCCUGCUUCCCAAGGAGAGGGUUAGCAGAGACCUUGAUGAAUGGUAUUCGAAAACAAUCAAGAUCUUGACGGAGACUAUGGACGCAGAGCGUCCAUGGGCUGAAGAAACGCAGUUGCGUGAAAUGUCACUCGGCAUCAGCAGUAUGAAAUUCCAAUACCUUCACAUAGUGAUUCUCCUUCACAAAGGGGACCCCACUUGUGCAAGCAUUCGUCUCGAGUCGGCAAGAGAAGCCUUAUCACUUCUUCCGUCCAUGGUCUCUAAUUGGGCGUCUGUUUACAACGGCGUAGUAUGGCACCUUUUGUACUACCCGUUCAUCCCCUUCUUCGUCGUCUUCGAAAAUAUUGUUCAAGGGAACAGCUUUCAAGCAAGUUCUACAGCGGACCAGGAUCUUGGUCUUUUGUCUACAGCCGUCUCGUACUUAGCCAUGAUGCGCGGGCAGCUUCGUCUGUUGGCAACAGUUUGCGCUCGACUGGAACACGUCGCGGCUGUUUUCCUGCAAUUGGCCCAGGUUCACGCAAGCCAGCGCGCCAAUGCAUAUUCCAGCAAUACCAACAUGAAUGGAAACGAGAAUGUGCCGUCCGGGAUACCAUCCACGGAUUUCUUGAGUUACGGAGGCCAUGAAGACGUUGCGGCCAGCCUGCGAAAGGCACAAGACGACAUCGGUACAGCUGCAAAUCUGGACCUAGGGAAAUUCCUGGAAUGGCUUCCUGCCGAGGUCUUACCACCGUGGCCAGCCGGAGAUUCCGGGAAUCAACAUCACUCAACUUACCAUGUUGCUCCUGAUUCAACAAUGGUCGAGGGGGAGCAAGCGCCCAGGGGCCGCAAGCGUACCUUUGAUGCGACCUUCGACUGGUUCUCUUGGGAUGCAUAUUUUGCUGAUGCCGACUCCCGCCAGUCUCUUCAUUAG